AUGCUUUUGGUUUAUGGCGGGGCCCUGAAUAACGGCGACAGAGCACGUAGACUUUAUGGAGAGCUGUAUCCCACGAGAAGGUUGCCUAGCCAUGAUACGUUUGCAAAUACUUAUAGAAGGCUACGUGAAACUGGCAAAUUGCAACACAGGGAACCAGGAGUACGUGGAAGACCACUUGAUGUUGCUGUGGAGGAGCGUAUCUUGGCGGCUUUUGACGAUGAUCGCACUAUAAGCAUUAGAAAAGUAGCGACUGAACUCGGCUUUUCUGUAUGGAAAGUGUAG